AUGUUCAUCUUCUUGCUGGACGUGGCUGCGGAGCGAUACGUCGAGAUGAAGUAUGGCGUCGAGCAUGAUCAGGAUGUCGAAGGCGUGAUGACUGGCGUCAAUCGCCAGGAACACGUGCCGAGGGAUGCAUACGAGAAGAAAUUCGUCGAAGAGUUCUCCAGCGACGACACCGACGAGCACGCAAGAUCGCUUGCUGUGCGCCAGCAGAUUGCCGCAUUCCUGAUACUGGAGUUCGGUGUGCUGUUCCACAGCGUGAUCAUCGGGCUCAAUCUCGGUGUGUCAGGCGACGAAUUUAGCACUCUCUAUGUCGUUCUUGUGUUCCACCAGUCUUUCGAGGGCCUCGGCAUCGGAGCUCGACUCUCGGCGAUACCAUUCAAGAAAGGCUCGUGGGUCCCAUGGGUACUCUGCGCAGCUUAUGGACUUACCACACCUCUCUCUAUCGCGAUUGGUCUUGGUGUGCAUACGACAUACAACCCUGGCAGUUUCACCGCCAACGUCGUGAGUGGCGUACUCGAUUCGAUCAGUGCAGGCAUCCUCAUCUAUACAGGAUUUGUCGAGUUGCUGGCACGAGACUUUAUCUUCAACCCUCAGCGGACGAAGAACAACUUCAGACUGGCGUUCAUGACCGGAUGUGUGGUGCUUGGAGCUGGCUUGAUGGCGCUAUUGGGUAAGUGGGCGUAA